CAAAGUGAUGUUAUACGCUAGUCUUCCAUUGCCUGACAAUGAGAAAGUGAGCACAAGCUCAAAUGAAUACUUUUAAAAGUGUGUUUUAGUUAGUUAAGGUCUGUCUUAAAUGUAUGGUGGGGGAUAAACUAUAAAAAUAUUAUAUGGUCGGUCUUUCUCACGGUUGGGUUUGGUACAUAUUUCCCGUGAUAAAUCGAAUUUCACUGUACCCUACAGUUAUAUCAAACAUGUUUCAUUCCUCAAAACUCUGAUAAACACAGCUGCAAAGUUUCAUGAUUACAAAAUGUUUGUCAAUCAGUCGGUCACGGGUGGGUGAGGAACAGUGAUCAACUUGGGUUCACCACACAAGCAAUUAAGUCACUUUUAUACAGAAUCGCCCUUUUUAAAAGCUUCACUUUUUUUUUAAUGAAUCAGCCCUUUUGACAGUAAUAUUGCUCAGCGGCAAUCUCAGCUGCUGAAUCAGCAAACCUGCUUCACUUGACUGCUCACUUACAGUUGGCACACAGACAUACGCGUGCCGUCACAUGUCGCCAUAUGGAGGCAAUGGCAGCCCGCCCGGUUGAUUCGCGCCAGUCUAAAUGUGCGCGCACAAAACGCUUGCUCGCUCUUAUUGAUUGCCUCCCCAGAAUUAUCGAGCGCAGCCCUCGGAAUGAUGAUGAUGUCUUUGGGGAGGUAUGUCCCAAGAUGGCCUCUUUUAAAGCGGGGGCAUCAUUCACAGCGCGCACAGACAAAUUGACUUUUAGAGCAGAAGACAAAGUUCCUGAGACGCCCGCGUAUGGGUUAUCCUAGCAACAGUCACCCGAGGGCUUGCUAAUCUGUGCCGUAUCUAGCCAAUUAACAGGCUGGAGAGGAGCUGGGGAGUUGUCAGGUGCGGCGUUCCAGACAGAGAUCGCGGCUUCAUCGUUUCCGCUUGACACCCUUGCUAUUUCUGUGGGAGCCCCAGCACAGGUGCCAUAUUUGCAUUUGUCGAGGUUGCAGCGCUGCUCGUCAUUCAGGGCUUUGGUUUCCUUACAGACCUGCACCUUCAAUUUUGGGCUCACAUGUCACACUUUUGGAUCAUGUAUUGUGCAAUUGGAAUUCUUUGCAAUUUAGCGUCAUCCACCUCUCUUGUAGGCAGGGAGCAAAGCUGACAGUAACUGGAAAAAAAAAAACUCGAAGACGUUUGUCUUUGAAGUACCUCUGGAAAUUGACAAAUACACCAUAAAUUGACUGCUUCAAACCAAAAUGGCUGACUCCCUUUGUAUUUUUGUGAAUGGUUUCUUGAGACUUUUUGGGUUGUUUUGUCUACUGAUGAUAGACUGCCCUUCCAAUUUCCAUUGUCGCCAAGCGAAACCAGCUUCUGGGGCUGAACUUUCCAAAACUUCCAUGCGGAUAUCAAACAUCAACAUUUGCUGACAUGCUCCGCCGACACGCAAGUACAAAGUAUAAACAUCACGAGCAAUCAAAAGAACAUUGAGCCCGUUGAUCAAGGCGUCCUCACUUUGAGUCAGUUAAGGAAAACAGACCUUUAAGAUAAUGAUUGACAUCCGAUCAAACAAACCUCAUCAAGGCCUCCUCUGCACUUUAACAUUUCCUCUCCCCCUGAGUAGAAAGCAGAGCACCACAUCUCCCGCCUGCGCUUUGUUUAUCAUCUCCCCCCCGCACAUGAAUCAUCCACAGCUUUUCUUCCUGCUUGCAUCACUGACACCGAGAUGAUGGCAUGCCACUUUUUUUUUUUUUAUGUACUCCCGAAGUCCCGCUGGAGAAUUUACAGCUACAAGGAUGUCUUAUAUGACUCUCUUCCCAUGUAAGCAUUAUUGAGUCUAUCUCCUGAAACUACAAAUGACAACAAGGACGGCCUCUCGAUUGCAGGGUCCUUGGGGGAGGUGCAUGGGCAGCGAUUGUGGCCCAGGGGGCAGCCAGAGCCGGGCGGUGUGGUGUGCCCACGUGGACGGCUGGACCACGCUGCACACCAAUUGUGACCAGUCGUUGCGUCCGUCGAACCAGAGGAACUGUUUUCGCGUGUGCGACUGGCACAAGGACUUGUACGACUGGCGUCUGGGCCCCUGGAACUCAUGCGUGUCUGUGUCCUCGAGGGCUUCGGGGGCUCCACGGCCCAUCAUCUGCAGCGGGGGCGAGGAAGGUAUCCAGACCCGAGAGGUGGGCUGCACCCUCAAGUCAGACGGGUCCCCUGCAGAGGACGCCAUUUGCGAGUAUUUCGAACCCCAGCCCCGCUUGGAGCAAGCCUGUCUGAUCCCGUGCCCUCAGGACUGUGUUGUAUCCGACUACUCCCCAUGGACAUCCUGCUCAAAAACCUGCGGGACGGGUCUGCGCAACCGGGUCCGAAGUGUUUUAGUACCGCCACUUUUUGGAGGAUCCAUCUGUCCCAAUCUGACCGAGUUCCAGUCUUGCAAAGUGGGGCCCUGCGCAGGACCGGAGGGCAUGUACAGCCUCCGGGUGGGCGCCUGGACACCCUGCGUCCUGCCCCAGACCCGGACGACGCGCCAGGCCAAGCGGCGCAAGGGGAAAGGUCAGGGAGGUGGAGGAGCCAAAGAUCCCGAGACCAGGGAACUAAUCCAGAAGAAACGCAUCAGGAACCGGCUGAACCGGCAGGAAAGUUCUUCCUGGGACGUGCAAGUGGGAUACCAGACCCGAGAUGUCACCUGUGUUCACAGGAACAGCAGCUCGGUUCCACGCAACUUGUGCACACCGAGGGAGGUGCCUCUGACCAUCCAGUCGUGCGUGCUGCCCAGAGACUGCCAGCUAAGCGACUGGAGCAACUGGUCAGCCUGCACCAAGGCCUGCGUGGACUCCGACUUGCCCGGUAGUUGGCGACAGCGCCACAGAGAAGUGCUGCAAUUCCCCACGGGCGAAGGGACCGAGUGCCCGACGCUGAACGAGCGGGAGCCCUGCGAGCCUCAGGGGGAUGUCGUGAUGCCCUGUGCCGUCUAUGCCUGGAGGACCACCGAGUGGUCUGAUUGUCGUGUGGACUUACUGCUGGGCCAGCAGGAUCGCCGCCGCGCCAACCUGACUGGACUCUGUGGUGGUGGUCUACAGACCAGAGAGAUCUACUGCGUCCAAGCCAAUGCCGAGCUUCUCAAGUAUGUCAGCGACUUCCAGGAGAAAGACAAAGCGGGACAAACCCAAGGACAACAGAAACCUAGUGUACCCCCACUCCUCUCUGUCUCCUUCCACAUCACAGCGACGCGCCCGGUGGAGAACCGUCUGUGUGGAGGUUCUGUUCCUGAUCGGUCACAGCUGUGCCAGUUGACCUGUCCCGUCGAGUGCCAAGUGUCUCCCUGGGGUGCCUGGGGGCCGUGCACCUUCGAGAGCUGUGACGAGCAAUCAGCCAAGAAAGGAUUCAAACUGAGAAGGCGCCAGAUCACCAAUGAGCCCACGGGCGGCCCAGCCAACUGCCCGCACCUGGUUGAGGCACUACCCUGCGACCAGCCCAGUUGCUACAACUGGCGACCGGUUGGCCUGGACCGUUGCGUACCCGUAGAGCAAAAGCGGUGCGGGCCCGGAACGCAGCUGGCUCGGGUCCAGUGCGUCAACCGCAACAGUGAGCCGGUGGACGAGAGCCUGUGCUCGUCCACGCCGCCGCCGGAUCCCGUGGCCUGCCAGGUACCUUGCUCCAGGGACUGUGUGCUGAGCGACUGGACUCCAUGGUCCACCUGCUCUCAGACCUGCUCCAGCAAGACCGUGGAGGGAAAACAGAUGAGGACGCGAUCCAUUCUGGCUUACAACGCCGGCGAGGGUGGCGCCAUGUGCCCCAACAGCAGUUCACUGCAGGAGGUCCGCAACUGCAACGAGCAUGCGUGCACCGUGUACCACUGGCAGACAGGUCCAUGGGGGCCUUGCUCCGAGGACCCCUCCUCCGCGACCCUCAACGCCACCUCGGCGGGGGCGGCCGUGGGCCUUGGCAGCUGCUCCAACGGGGUCCAGACGAGAAAAGUCAUGUGUGUGCGUGUCAACGUGGGACAGGUGCCCCCUAAGAAGUGCCCAGACGCUCCUCGGCCCAGCACAGUGCGUCCGUGUCAGCUGCCCUGCAAGAAAGAUUGCAUCAUGACCCCUUUCAGUGAGUGGACAUCCUGCCCCGAUGCCUGUGAUGCAGCUGGUAAUGCCAUGAAGACCAAACAAUACAGAAAGCGUCUGGUCAUCCAGGCGCCUUCCAACGGAGGUCAAGAUUGUCCUGAAGUGUUGGAGGAGGAUCGAGAAUGUCAGCCACCGCAAACGUGUCCAGGGUUCAGGUGGAAGUCCCACAAGUGGAGAAAGUGCCAGCUGGUUCCUUGGUUCCUCAGGCAGGACCGACCCGGCGCUCAGGAAAACUGCGGUCCGGGACUUCAAACACGAGCCGUGUCGUGUCGGCAGCUGGACGGGACACAGGUGGACGUGGGCGAGUGUCUGCAGCUGGCCCGCAGCAUGCCCGCUCUCACCCAGCGCUGCCAACUGCCCUGCCAGGACGACUGCCAGCUCACCAACUGGUCCAAGUUCUCGUCCUGCUCGGCCGAUUGCGUGGGCGUGCGCACCCGGAAGAGGGCGUUAAUCGGGAGGAGCAAGAAGAAGGACAAGUGUAAGAACACUCAGAUGUACCCCCUGAGCGAGACGCAGUAUUGCCCUUGCGACAAGUACAACGCCCAGCCGGUGGGCAACUGGUCCGACUGCAUCCUGCCCGAAGGGGGCCGCUCCGAAAGUGCCCUGGGGCUGAAGGUGACGGGCGACGUCAGGGAGUGCGGACAGGGCUACCGAUAUCAGGCCAUGGUCUGCUACGACCAGGAUGGACGUCUGGUGGAGACUGCGAGAUGCAACAGUCACGGUUACAUCGAGGAGGCAUGCAUCAUUCCCUGUCCAUCCGACUGCAAGCUGAGCGAGUGGUCCAACUGGUCUCGCUGCAGUAAAUCGUGCGGCAGCGGCGUCAAAGUGCGCUCCAAGUGGCUUCGGGAGAAACCCUACAACGGGGGACGACCCUGUCCCAAGCUGGACCACGUCAAUCAGGCUCAGGUGUACGAGGUUGUGCCGUGCCAGAGUGACUGUAAUCAGUACGUGUGGGUGGCCGAGCCCUGGAGUAUGUGGAAGGUCAGCAAUGUGGACCUGAAGGAGAACUGUGGAGAAGGCGUGCAGACCAGAAAAGUCCGGUGCAUGCUCAACACCAUCGACGGGCCCUCGGAGGCGGUGGAGGACUACCUGUGCGAUCCAGAGGAGAUGCCCUUGGGGGCCCGAGAGAGCCGGCUGCCCUGCCCUGAAGAUUGCGUACUCAAUGACUGGGGUCCUUGGACCCGCUGCACCCUGCCAUGCACCAGAAGCAACGGUCGCAUUCGUACCGCGUACACGUUACGCUCGCCUAGCGCGGGAAGACUUUGUCCUGACACCAUUGAAGAAGAACCCUGCAGCCUCAACCUCAACUGCUUCAACUACUUCUACAACAUCACAGAUUGGAGCACGUGCCAACUGAGUCCAAACGCCGUGUGUGGGCAGGGAAUCAAGACGCGCAUGCUGGACUGCGUCCGGAGUGACGGCAAAUCAGUGGACAUAAAGUUCUGUGAGGAGCUGGACCUGGAGAAGAAGUGGCAAAUGAACAUCUCCUGUGUGGUGGAGUGUCCAGUCAACUGCCAGCUGUCCGAAUGGUCGACUUGGUCCGAGUGCUCGCAGACCUGCGGUUUAGAAGGCAAGAUGUGGCGUCAGAGGUCUGUCGUGCAGGCCUCGCAGGGCGACGGUCGCCCGUGUUCAUCGCCCAUGGUGCAGUGGAAGCCGUGUCCGGUGCGGCCGUGCUACCGAUGGCAAUACAGCGCCUGGUCAGAGUGCCGUGUGGAGAGUGUGGUGUGCGGUCACGGGACGCGCUAUCGAAACCUCACCUGCUUCGUGUCGGAUGGCAGUGGUGGCGAGCAGGACAGUGGCGGCCAAGUGGACGAGGAGCUGUGCGGGAGUCUGGAGUUGUCCGUCGAUGGAGAUAAGCGCAUCCGACUGAAGGAGGCCUGCAUGCUUCCUUGCCCUGGUGAGUGCUACCUGAUGGAGUGGUCCGACUGGAGCUCCUGCGUUAGAAUCUGCGCCAAAGAAGCCGGCGUGGAUUUCGGUUCGGUUCGGGUGCGCUCACGAGCCGUGUUGGCCCAGGAGCCGGAGAACCUGCAGCUGUGUCCUGACCAGGCUUGGGAGUCGCAACCCUGCACAGAAGGCGAAUGUUUCGAGUACAAGUGGCUGAGCAGCUUGCGGCUCAACUCCUCGCGACCGUUCAUCUGGUGUCAGCGCUCUGAUGGACUCAACGUCACUGGGGGCUGCCUUCCCGCCACCCCUGUGAUGGACGACAGUGCAUGCAACCCACCAUGCGUCCCCCCAACGUCUUACUGCAGCGAGCAGGCGGGCGUUUGCAUGUGCGAAGAAGGCUACACGGAGGUGCUGUCGUCCGGCGGGCUCCUGGACCAGUGCGCCCCCAUCCCCAUUCUGGAGAUCCCUACGGCGGGAGACAAGAAGGGGGACGUCAAGACCAGCCGUGCCGUCAACCCCACGCUGACUUCUACCACACAGCCAGGACGAUCAGGACGCACCUGGUACCUGCAACCCUACGGACCAGAUGGUAAGAUGAAGAUUUGGGUGUACGGCGUGGCGGCGGGAGCCUUCGUGCUGCUAAUCUUCAUCGUGUCUAUGAUCUACCUGGCUUGUAGUUACUGCGCCAAGGUGCAUCGCUCUCUGGCCUCCCAGGAGUGCCACGCCAACGGAGCGGCAGUGUGGACGGGACAACAAAAUGCCCAUGGGAUGGUGUACACCUGUCCCGACUGCCAAGAGCUGGCUCAGAGCAGCGGCAGCUAAUGAAAAGAGCCACCUCCUCCUCCCCCGCCCAAGAAAGUCUCUUCUCCCAGCAUGCCUUGCUCAAGUGCCGACAGCCCCUCCCCUCACGUGGUCUGCCUGAUAGCCAAGGCAGCUCGUUGGAAUAGCAAGAAGCCAAAGCGACCAGAGCGAGCGAGGCAGCAGCAGAACAACCGCCUCAAACCUCUGACGUUGGCCUACGAUGGCGACACAGACAUGUAGUCAC